GCUCUUCCGAUCCCAGGAAAUGAUGCCGAAGUCUCUCUCUUUUCUACGACAGAACUUGCCUCUACAAACACCACAGCAAUCGACACCCUGACCGAAUCGGAAUCUUCCCUUCGAGUGAAGAGACAAGGAGGCGGCUGCGGCUGCGGUUGUGGAUGUGGCUGUUGUUGUUGUAGGCCACGCUGCUGCUGUACUUGCUGCCGAACCUGUUGCUGCACAAGGUGUUGUACCUGUUGCCGACCAUGUUGCUGCUGCUGCGGAGGUGGAGGUGGCGGUUGCGGAUGCGGAUGCUGCGGUGGCUGCGGUGGCUGCGGAUGUUGCGGCUGUGGAGGUGGUGGACGUAAGAGACGUUCGAUCCAGAACUUGAAGAUCAAGCUCGCAGACAAAAUUGAGAGAGAACAGAGAGCCGCUCUACUCGCUCUACCAGUAUCUUUUGAGCAAUCCGUUCAGCCCGCCCGACCUGAGGAACUCGUUCAGCCAGCUCAACCCGAGGCACCUGUCCAACCCACCCAACCUGCUCAGCCUGAGCAGCCAACCCAGCCGGUAGUCCCUGCUCAACCAGAAGAUUCAAAGGAUCUCAUAGAGUUUCCAUUCUCGAAGCCGGACGAAAAUAUUCCAACUGAAUGGCCUCAACCAGUGUUCGAGUUGGUUACUGAAACUAGGAUGGGAAGAUGUCUUGGGUUGAAAAAAUUAGGAAGAGGAAGGAGAACGAAGGAAGAAGGAAUAAGAACGAAGGAAAGCAGACGAAGAAGACUGCAAGAGUAG